AUGCAACUGAAUUUCAGAGGACUGCCGGCCCUGGUGACAGGGGCAGGGAAAGGGAUCGGGAGGGACACUGUGAAGGCCCUGCAUGCCCUGGGAGCCAAGGUGGUAGCCGUGAGCCGCACCGACACUGACCUAGUCAGCCUCUCCAAGGAGUGUCCCGGGAUACAGACUGUGUGUGUGGACCUGGGUGACUGGGACGCCACGGAGCGGGCACUGGGCAACGUGGGCCCCGUGGACCUGCUGGUGAACAACGCUGCCGUGGCGCCACUGCAGCCCUUCCUGGAGGUCACCAAGGAGGUCUUCGACAGGACCAUCAAUGUGAACCUGCGCUCACUGGUGCAGGUGUCCCAGAUCGUGGCCCGGGGAAUGAUCCACCGCGGAGUGCCUGGCUCCAUUGUCCAUGUCUCCAGCAUGGUGGCCCAUGUCACUUUACCCAACCUAUCUGUCUACAGCUCCACCAAGGGCGCAAUAAGUGUAUUCACCAGAGCCAUGGCCGCGGAGCUGGGGCCAUACAAGAUCCGGGUAAACUCCGUGAACCCCACGGUGGUGCUGACGGCCAUGGGCCACAAAGUCAUGACGGACCCCGAGAUCGCCCGGAAACUGAAGGAGCGUCACCCCCUGCAGAAGUUUGCAGAGACGGAGGACGUGGUCAACAGCAUCCUCUUCCUGCUCAGCGACCGCAGCGCCUCCACCAGCGGCUCGGGCAUACUCGUGGACGCCGGGUACCUGGCUUCCUAGAGCGCCCGGCGCCGGGGAGCGGGCGCUCAGGGCACCAGGCCCGCCCCGGCCCGCCCCGCCCACCGCCCAGCCCCGCCCCGGUCACGCCCACCGCCCCACCACGCCUUCACCACCCAGCCGCUCGCGCGCGCAUCUCCCACCCAGACUCUGCAUCUGGGCACACACCGCAUCCACACUCGCGCUGCCAUGAAACCCGCCCCUGUCGCCCCCACCC